GCCGGCGGGCGCUGGACUAACUGGAGGACUUCCCGGGGUCGAGGCCACUGGACCCGCCGUUGGAACCAGGCCUGGGCCCCGCCUCAUCUGGACUCCACCCUCGCCCCGCCCGCCCUCUAAGCCACGCCUACAUCUCCUAUGCAGCUCCUAGGCCAAGGUGGGUCCACGGUUCCGGCGCGUAGGCCGCACCUACCCUGCAUUGCUCCGCCCCUUCGCUCCAGGCUCCGCCCAUUUCACUAAAGUCACCUCCUUAUCCCCUGUUUGUCCAGACAUCAGUCUCCCUCUAGACUUAAUAUUCCCACCCACCCGCGGCGGGAGUCCUACUAGGCCCCGCCCCCUUAUGAAGCCCACCCACCCACCUCCCGCCUGCCUAGGCCCCGCCCUCAAUUCUCUUCCCCUCUCCUCAAAGCCCCUCCCCAGCCUCGGAAGACUGGUCCUCGCAGGCUCCAUCCCCGCACCCUAGCCUUGUUCCCUGUCGCCGUCGCGCCCAGGUGUUUACCUGGCCCUUAGGUGACUCGUGUGCGGUGGCUGUUUCGAUAUAAGCCUCCCGCCUCUUCUCUCGGCGCGUUCCUUAAGCCCCGGAGGCACGGAGGGUCCCCAGACCAAAGGCGGUGGGCUUCCCAGCCCGGAUCCCGCCUCGCUGCUGCUGCUCUCGCCCCCCGCCCACACCCCCGAAGGCAGCGCCGAAGUCGUCCCGGGUCGCUGCGACAUGCCGGAGCUGGUGGUGACAGCGCUGCUGGCGCCGUCGCGCGUCACUCUGAAGCUCCUGCGCGCCUUCAUGUGGAGCCUCGUGUUCUGCGCGGCGCUGCUGACCGCCGCCGUCUAUGGCUGCAUCGCGCUCACGCACGUGCUGUGCCGGCCCCGGCGCGGCUGCUGCGGGCGCCCCCGGCGCACCCCACCCGCCUGCUUGAGCGACCCCACGCUGGGCGAACACUGCUUCCUGACCCUCAAGAGCUCGGGCCUGCGCCUCCACUAUGUCUCCGCUGGACGUGGCAACGGACCCCUCAUGCUGUUUCUGCACGGCUUCCCGGAGAACUGGUUCUCCUGGCGCUACCAGCUUUGGGAGUUCCAGAGCCGCUUCCACGUGGUGGCUGUGGACCUACGGGGUUACGGCUCCUCAGAUGCACCUCGGGAUGUUGACUGUUACACCAUUGACCUGCUGAUGGCGGACAUCCAGGAUGUCAUCCUGGGCCUGGGUUAUUCCAAGUGCAUCCUGGUGGCCCACGACUGGGGUGCGGUCCUCGCCUGGAAUUUCUCCAUCUACUACCCGUCCCUGGUGGAGCGGAUGGUAGUUGUCAGUGCGGCCCCCAUGUCUGUGUACCAAGACUACUCUAUACACCACAUCAGCCAGUUCUUCCGUUCCAACUACGUGUUCCUGUUCCAGCUUCCCUGGCUGCCUGAGAAGUUACUGUCCAUGUCUGACUUCCAGAUCCUGAAGACCACCCUCACACACCGCAAGAGAGGCAUCCCACACUUAACCCCCAACGAGCUCGAGGCCUUCCUUUAUGACUUCUCCCAGCCCGGUGGCCUCACUGGGCCCCUCAACUAUUACCGAAACCUCUUCAGGAACCUUCCCCUGGAGCCCCAGGAACUGGCCACGCCCACGCUGCUGCUGUGGGGAGAGAAGGACACCUACUUGGAGCAGGGGCUGGUAGGAGCCAUCAGCAGUCGCUUUGUGCCCGGCCGGCUGGAGGCCCACAUCCUGCCGGGCGUGGGGCACUGGAUCCCACAGAGCAACCCCGAGGAAAUGCACCAGUACAUGUGGGCCUUCUUGCAAGACCUGCUAGGCUAGCAGCCCUGGCUCCCUGGCCUGUGUGCACCUGGGAGUCCACACCACGUGCACACCAUGAUGGACUCCCGGAUCACGCACAGGCGUGGAACUCCUAGACCACACACGAGUGUGUCUGUGGAUGCCCGCAGGCACACCAGGCUGUUUGCUCGCACACCAGUGUGAGUGUCUGUGCACCUGAACAAGCACUUCAGCCCUGGGGAACCGGGAACUUCUCUCCUCUGCAGAGCUGGAUACCCAGUGUCCUACCUGUCCCCUCCCUGGGGCCUUCCCCUUCCUGCCAACGUCAGCCCCCAGAGCUGCACAAACCACAGACUCUGACCUUCCCGUCCCUGGCUUUCAUCUCCAAUCUGAGUCUUCAGCUAAAAGCUGUUCUGUCCAGUAGGGUAACUGGCAGCCGUAUCUGGCUGCUUCAAUUUAAAUGGAAAUUAAUUAAAAUAUGAUCGA